UCCCCUGAAUGCGGCAUACGUUUCCCAGCCGGUGUUUUCAUAUUUCUACGCCCCUCCGCGCCUGUAGGUUGGUUUCCAUGCUUCAGAGACAACAAACGUAGCAUACAGAGGGGGACAUGACUCUGACCAGAGGAUCUUUCACCUACGCCAGUGGGGAAGAGUACCACGGCGAGUGGAAAGAAGGUCGGAGGCAUGGCGUCGGCCAGCUCAAGUUCCAGGACGGAACCCGCUACUCUGGCCAGUUUGAGAACGGACUCUUCCAUGGCUCCGGUGUACUGCUCUUCACGGAUGGAUCCAGGUACGAAGGAGAAUUUUUACACGGAAAGUUUCAAGGCGCAGGAGUCUUCGGUCGAUACGAUGGCAUGAAGUUUGAGGGAGAAUUCAAAGAUGGACGCGUUGAGGGAUAUGGGCUGUUGACCUUCUCGGAUGGAGCUCAUGGCGUCCCGCGAAACGAAGGCUUGUUCCAAAACCACAAGCUCCAAAAGAGAGAAAAGUGUCCAGGGGUGGUGCAGCGAGCGCAGGCCUCCGCCUCCAACGCUCGCAGUCUGGCACUUUGAUUGUAAUGGACCCUGGAGGAGACACAGUCGGAGUUCCAGCACUUCUCAGGAGGGCCUCAAGGAUGUGUACUCGUAGACUUCCCUCCAACUCUUCUCUCUGUGUCCUUCUCUCUUUUUCACCAUAUCUUUCUUUCUCUGCAUCUUAAACUUCACAGUGGCUUAGAUGCACAUGCAGUUUGAACAAUCGAUUUCAAUUUGACUGACUUGAAAUGCACAACCCCAUGAAGCCCACCUUUAACUUCACAGGUCAUGUAAACAUCUAAUGGUGCUGGGUUCCCUUGAUAAAAUGUUAGUUAGAUAGCCUUCAUACAUCAACAACGAAACAUGGAAGACCUUUCAGCUUUGUUUUCUUUCUGCUUCAUCAGGAUUAGUAGUGUGUGGAACAAUUGUGCCACUAAAUUGAUCCAUUUAUCUUACAAAAAAACUGGUGGUACUUAAAGGUCCCCUGUGAUGUUCUGCAAGCUAGCAAAUGUGGACCUAAACAAUGUACAAUUUAGACCUAUUCAAGAUCAUUUGCUUUACAAAUGGUGUAUGAGUAAGGAGAUGCAUUCAAGCCAUACAGUUGUGAAUGUAAACGCAUUCUUUAAAUCUCACCUCUCUUAAUAUUGCUGCUGCAGACUUUACCGUUGCAUGCUUUAUGUCACUGGUGUUUCUCGGUUUUCACAUUUGCCUUAAAGACAUUUCUGUACAGUUCCAAGGUGUCAAUCUAAAAAUGAGAGGACUUGUAGUUCCCUCUCUUUCCCUCCACCAUCAUUUACCAUAUGGUGUAUAUUCUCCUAAGGAAUUUGAGGACUGCAGAAACUGCCUUCACUCUGAAGGACACGUUGCAAAGAUGGGGUUGAGUCUCAGCUCCGAUCACUCACUAGUCCAGUAACCUCUCAAAGUAAAAAGAAAAUCUGAUUUAAAUGCAUUGAACUAGGGACAUAUAUCUUAACUGAGGCAGCUGAAUGGUCAUCAUUCAUGAAGAAGAUGCAUAUUUAAGAAGAUGUCAUUACGUGUGUUUUUUUCCGUGAGAUGUACACAUUUUCAAAGUCAUUGAGAGUGUUUGUUCUGUAGAACUUGUCGUUACUGAGCUUUUGAAGACAAUGUGCUUGAGUGUUUUUAGAAAUGUACUCCCCAUUAACGCCGAUAACAGCUAUGCUCUGAUUACAGUGGAAUUCGGUGUACUCGAACAGCGUAUUGGCCUUCGCAAACUGUUGUAUAUACGUGGCUCGUCUAAGGUUGCUUACAUAGAAAUUCAACCAAAGACAAUCAAAUGAUAUGACAGGGAAGGAAGCCUGGAACCGUCAACAGGAGUUACAUGUGUCAUUUCUUAUAGCUGAACAAUAAAAACAAGUCAAUGAGGACGAAUCCACCUGGGGUUUAGUGUGCAAGAAAACAAAAGGGCCGAAGAUUAAACAGGGAAUUGAUAUGAUGUUCUGUUGUAGAUGUUGCUUAAAUCUACAAACCUGCAUUACUGCAGCGCCUGGUUUUCAAUGUUAUUUUCUAUGAGGGGAAAAAAAAUCAAUACUCAAUAUCACAAACCUGUACUGCUGCCUGUUGUGAGCAGCAUGUAGUGUGCUGCUAAGCACAGGCAGACUGAUUGAAAGUAACAUUGGACACAUAAAAGCAGACCAGUGCAUGCCACCAUCUACGAGCACAAAUCCACUCUCCUGUUUUCUGUAAGUGGAACAUCGUGUUUUUCAGAUCAUGUAAUAGUACUUUUUUCUUCCUGCUAUUUGGGAGAAGGCACCUCUUUGCCUACACACGCCGGCCUGAGUGGAACUGAAUUCACGAAAAUUCCACAUCUAUUUCCAACUGGAAACAAAUGGUGCUUUAAAAGUGUGCCUGCCUGACAAAUAGCAUUGCCAUGGUUACCUUUACUUCAGUAACAACAGGAUGUUGCUUUGAGUGCUGUUAGAAACUACCACACCGUAUCACCUCAUUCUCUUGGAAUACGUCUGAAUUCUUAUCGCAAAGGCUGUGAUGUCCAAAAUAAAGCCUCGUGCUGGGAAAAGAAACGUUUCAUUGUGCUUGGGCAAAGAAACAAAAAAAAGUCAUUCUUUUUGUGAUAAUUAUGCAGCUAUUUCUAAUGUACUAAGCCAAAGGCAGAGAUGCGAGCUACAGGAAAGAAGUUUAACCAUUUCAUGGAUGAACAGAAAAGCAGAAGCCUCCCACUGUUUCACCCCCCUUCUCGUUCCACAGUUCAGCACAACAGCAUUUAACGUUAAGCUCACUGGAAAUAAAAGCAACAUUACUCGUCCAACAGACUUAAUCUGUCCGAUUCCAAGAACUUUAUUAUAUGGACUAUGUACUGCCAUGACUGUUAGGGUCGACAAAAUAAAUGAUGGCUCUGUAGACAGCCUUGUAUUACA